GCUGCCCCCCUCGCCAGCAGCAGCAGCCAUAAUUGGGAUUAUUCAGGGAAUAAUUCGCCUGAUCCUGCCGCGUUGUUUUUCCUUCCAUUUUUUUUUAAUUACAUUUCCUUUCUUUCCUUUUCCUUUUUUUAUUUUUUAUUUUUUUGAUUUCAACGUGAUUCCGACAGCUUCCGCGAGGUGAAAUCUCUUGUUUCAUCAUUGCUGGAUUUCCCUUCAUUUCCCCGUGUAUUUGUCCCGUCAUGGAGGCUGGUGUCGGGGACCGCUAACAUGUAGUUCCACCCGGCCGGACAGCAGCACCGACACACCGCAGUGUGGCGGCCGAUGCUCGGCGUCGUUAACCGGAGGAUGGAGAAUAGAGCCCCGGCCAGGCUGUCGUCUGCGCGGACUCAUUGUCCCGGUGCCGCUCGCCAACACAUCCAUUUAGGGGGGAUGCGCGAUCUUUUUUUUUUUUUUUUUCCUUCCCCUCUAACGAUUGUGGGUGGGUUAUUGUAAGCGCUGAGAUCCUGACAUCAUUUGGAUAUAUAUGAUAUAAAGAUCUGUUUUUUUUUUGGUUCCCCAGUCGCGUGUUUUUUAGACCUCUGGAGACUCGGAGCGAUGCAACAUAAAAAUCUGUUGUCUCGGAUGAUAUUCAAAUGGACACAUCCCUCUCUGUGAAGCCCUAAAAAAGGGUGGCGGUGGAUUUUUUUUUUCUUCCUCCUAUCUCUUAAAUGUGUCUCGACAUCCGAGCCCUCGGUCCGGAUGAUCAGCUGUUGAUUGCUCGAUAGCCUCAUGUUUAUUAUAUGCUCCUCCAUUCGAUUCCAUUUGAGAUGGAUUUAUGCAUAACAGGUGUUGUUGGAGCCUGAGAGCACAUCAUGAACAUGAAGCUUCUCCCUGGCUUUCUCUCUCGAUUCCACGACCAGUGAAAUCCAAGCGAAGGGAUCAUUUUUUUGAGGGGGGCAUCAUUUUUUUUUUAUUUUUUUUUUUUAUUCCGUUGUUUUUGUUGUUUUUUUGCCGUGAGAGAAGAAAGAUGAGGGAAUGAAAGGUGGGGAGGCUGUGGACACAUGAGAACAUGAUUCUGACAUGUAGAAAAGAUCCAUACGGCCUCUCCUGGUAGAGACGAGGGAGCCGUUGGAGGCGGCGGCUGUAGGAGGGUUGUUACUGUUUCUGAAGGGCCCCACUCAGGCGGGCUCUUGUGGAAGGUGGUAGAAUGACUAACCAGAGCUUUGCCAUCGAUGGCCCUGGCAGUUUGCUGGCUGUGCUGGCUUCCCAGAGCGGACUGGCCAGAAGCAGCAGCAGCAGCAGCAGCAGCGGUGACGGCAGCGGCAGCGGUGGAGGGAUCUCGGCCACGGAUGUGUCUGCCUACUUCAAGCUGGUCUUCUUGGGCCUGAUCAUCUGUGUCAGCCUUGUAGGCAACCUCCUGGUCUCCAUGUUAGUGCUGCGAGACAGGACACUUCACAAGGCUCCGUACUUCUUCCUCCUGGACCUGUGCCUGGCCGACGCGGUCCGCUCGGCCGCCUGCUUCCCCUUCGUGCUGGUGUCCGUCCACAACAGCUCGGCCUGGACUUACAGCGCCUUGAGUUGUAAAGUUGUGGCUUUCAUGGCCGUGCUGUUUUGUUUCCACGCUGCCUUCAUGCUGUUUUGCGUGGCCGUCACCCGCUACCUUGCCAUCGCCCACCACCGUUUCUACGCCAAACGCAUGACCAUCUGGACCUGUGCCGCCAUCAUCUGCAUGGUGUGGACUCUGGCGGUCGCCAUGGCGUUCCCGCCCGUCUUCGACGUGGGGACUUACAAGUUCAUCCGGGAUGAAGAUCAGUGCAUUUUUGAACACCGCUACCUGAAGACCAACGACACCCUGGGGUUCAUGCUCAUGCUGGCCGUGGUGGUCCUGGCCACCCACGGCUUCUACGCCAAGCUGCUGCUGUUCGAGUACCGGCACCGCAAGAUGAAGCCCGUCCAGCUGGUGCCAGCCAUCAGCCAGAACUGGACCUUCCACGGUCCGGGCGCCACGGGCCAGGCUGCAGCCAACUGGAUCGCGGGGUUCGGUCGUGGUCCGAUGCCCCCCACCCUGCUGGGCAUCAGGCAGAAUUUACACAACCAGCACCGGCGGCUGCUCGGCAUGGAGGAGGUGAGGUCGGAGCGGAGGCUGGGCAGGAUGUUCUACACCAUCACCCUGCUGUUCCUGGUCCUCUGGGCUCCCUACAUCGUGGCCUGCUUCUGGAGGGUGUUUGUCCGCUCCUGCACCAUCCCUCACCGGUACCUCUCCAUCACGGUGUGGAUGAGCUUCGCCCAGGCCGGAGUCAACCCCAUCUUCUGCCUCCUGCUCAACGAGGACCUGAGGAAAGUGCUGAGAGCUCACCUGCCCACUUACUGGAGGACUAAACAACACCUGCCCCAGGAUGAGGCCUACUGCAUCAUGUGAGCGGAAAGAGGUUUAAAGGAAUGUUUCAGGGGGAACAUUUCAGGCUUAAAGGGAAUGUAAUGCUGUUCGUUAAAAUGUCAGUGUGUGAUUUGUUGUUUGGCGCAACAAAAUCCAAUUCUUUGCUAACAAAUGCAGGCACAGGGCCCCUGUAUGACAAAUGCUGAUUUAUGAAAAAAUGUGUACGUUGCAAAGGUCUGAACAGGGCGAUGGAGAAACCCUGACGAAGCUUUGACGGUUUGUAUUUCUGGUGUUGUACUGUACAAUUCAUAGAUUGGAACGAUCACAACAAUCACUACUCAUACGAAGUGUGACGGAUGCCAUUUUAAAAUAAUGUUGCCUUAUUUCAGACGGACACGCCCCAGAGCUUUCAGCUAAGAACUAGUUUGAGUCAAUGACAGACACUAAACAGAUAACAGAAGCUUGAGGAGAGAUGCUGUGGACUGUGGACAGAAAGCAUCGAUCAGAGCGUUACCGGCUCUGAAUCACAUCAAAGAACUCAAAGGGUCCGAACGGAGCAACGAGACCACCCCGGACGCCUUCUCAUGUAAUUCAAACAAGACUGCAGAACAUUAGAUGGACACAGUAUCUUUGGAUACAUUUAAAUAGCUGUCGUGAACCCAGAAGCCCCGAACAUGCUUGGAUUUUCUUUUUCUUUGACUUGAUUUAGGGCGUGUCAGGUUUCUUUGUAUCAUAAAAAGAAAAAUUGCCUGUUUUGCUUUAUUUGUAAACAAUACAUGUUAAGCAGAUGACACUAUUUUGAAAUAUGACUUGAUUUCAUAUUGUAUAGACUGUACAGGAAUGUGCAUUCCUGCUUGUGUGUUUUUAUAUAGCAUUGGUGUGUAUGUGUGCGUGAGGGGAGGCGGCCGGCGGGAGGGGAGGGCAGCAGAAAGAGACUCUAAGGAAUGAUGAUAGACUAGGCUCCAGUAUCACCCAAUCAAUACGAAAGCAGCCUCUUUUUGUUGUCUCGAAAUCAUGCAAAAAUUGAGCAAUUAUCAUUCUGAAAUUUAUCAAUUUGUAAUGAUUUUUUUUUUUUGAAAAGCUGUGUGCAAGUAAAUGUGAAAUACAGAUGGAUAAUGGCAAGGGGGACUGAUUAAUUGUAACGCUUGUGUAUUGCAAACAGAAAAUGGGAUUAAAUGACUCGAGCGAUGAUGUGCAUAUAUGACAUCAUCUGCAAAAAAAAAAAAAAAAAAAAGGCAAAUGUACAUUUAUUUGCAAAAUGAUGGCCAUGGGAAUGUUUUAAAGUACUGUACUGUUGCUGUAUGCUCAACAAAAGGAGGAAAUGAAGUGCUCCUCGCUGUGAAGGAAACUUGAAAGUUAACCAGCCCUCCUAUAUUUCAAUAUAAAUGUUACUGUUUGAAUGUCUGGAUCACCGUAUGUUUUUAAAAUGACAAUAACUUCCGGCUGGUGUAUGGAAAUGGGCUUAGAAUACACUGAUUUUCUUUCUCCAAAUUAAGAUUCAUAUCCUGCAAAAUGUCUGACCUACAGUAUGUUAGGUAUAGAUAUAUAUGUGCAGUCAAUUUUUUAAAUGUGGACACUUGCACAGCAUACUGUACUCGAGCAUGCAUUCCACUGCGGUUCAUAGAUUCAAGACUUGGUAUUACAAUUUGUACAGACAAUGAUAUGGAAAGACGAAGUUAAAAGUGAACAGGCCCAUACUUUUUACAUCUGGCAUUCAUUUGCAAGAUGAAUUCUGUAUCUGUACAGUUUAACU